CCUCCAAAUUAUGGGGAAACAAUGUGUCGGAGAGAAGAUGCUGCUGGUUACUUUGUCGUAACUACUUUUCAGCGGGGAAUCGGGACGGGCCGGGAAGUAUGAAGGAGAUGGUUGGAGGUUGCUGCGUGUGUUCAGACGAGAGAGGAUGGGACGAGAAUCCUUUGGUCUACUGUGACGGACAUGGUUGCAAUGUUGCUGUUCAUCAAGCUUGUUAUGGAAUCAUUCAGGUACCAACUGGACCUUGGUUCUGCAGGAAGUGUGAAUCUCAAGAACGAGCUGCCAGAGUACGAUGUGAACUCUGUCCCCACAAAGAUGGUGCUCUCAAGAGGACUGAUAAUGGAGGUUGGGCCCACGUGGUGUGUGCCCUCUAUGUUCCCGAGGUGCAGUUUGCUAAUGUUAUAAGCAUGGAGCCCAUUGUACUGCAGUACGUUCCCCAUGAACGCUUCAACAAGACCUGUUAUCUCUGUGAAGAACAAGGACGAGAGAGCAAGGCAGCAACGGGAGCCUGUAUGACUUGCAACCGGCAUGGGUGUCGGCAGGCGUUCCAUGUCACUUGCGCCCAGAUGGCAGGCCUACUGUGUGAGGAACAAGGCUCUGAAAUCGAUAAUGUGAAGUAUUGCGGCUAUUGCAAGUACCAUUUCAACAAAGUGAAGAAAUGUCGGCAUUCAGCUAACACAUCCUAUGACCAAGGCCUGAGUGAUUCCUCCUCUCACUCGCAAGAUAAACUGAGCUCCCUGUAUGACAGACAGAGAAAGAGCCGUAAGGACAGGGAGAGGCCAAAGCAGAAAGUAAAGAAAGCCACAGAGUCUCUAAGCACGGUCGUUAGCUCAGUCUCUGUAACAACAGAGAAGACUUGCACAAGUACCAGUGGCAGUGGGAGCAGCAGUAGCAGUAGCAGCAGCCGUGCUUACAAAUCAGGCACUGCGAGAGGUUUGGAUGAAGCCACACCCAACUUUGCCAGCAAGCACUUCCAGAGACCAUCCACAUCGCUCGUAAGCGGGAAGGAGACGGCAGAGGUGGCCAGGUCAGAGGUCAAAAGCAAGAAGGCUUCCAGCCAUGGCUCCAGUCAGCGGGGGCGGAAGCCAGGCGGAGGUGGACCCAAGAGCACAGCAACUGUUGCCACAGUCUCCUCGCCCAGCCUGUUUCAACAAGGUAAUCUCCUGAGCUCCUCUAGCAGUGGGCUGCAGCCUCCCCAGGAGAGUGGAGUAUUCCCUAAAUCUGACCUGCGUGGAGAGGCCUACCUAACUGCCCGGGAUUCCUCGCAGGCUCCAGUGCCCUAUGACGCCUCAAAAUCAGAUGUCUUCAGCGCUGAGGGGCCCCCGUCAGGUUUUGGCUCGCUGAUGCGCUUUGGGCCAGCUCCCACGGCCCAGAGGAAAGCCUCAGAGGGCUCUCCCGGAGACUUCAGACCUUCCGGGGGGGCAGGGGCCCCUCCUGGCAUAGGCCCCAGCUACAAGCGGCCCCAGCCAGUUGCAGGACUGGAGGAGGAGGAGGCGGUGAAGGAGAAGAAACACAAGGGCAGCAAGAAGAGCCGGCACGGGCGGGGGAGGCCGAAGGGUAGCAGGAACGACGGCAGCACCAGCUUGGCGAUCCCCAUGUCCCUCAUGUCGUCGUCGGCAACUGAUCGCAGCGGAUGCAUCACAAGCCCUGCUUUGCCAAAGCUCACACCAUCCACGAGCCUGAGUGGUUCCAUUCCAAGUCUGACAUUGGAACCGUCGCUUCUGGGUUCAGGUAUCUAUGCAAAUAAGGAGAUGCCACUGUCGCUCAGUGGUGGCGUUUUAGGAGUUGGCUGCAGCACUCCUCUCUCAUCCAACAUCCUCCCACAUCACCGUGCCCCCCACAUGAUGCACCUCAGCCGUCCGUCACUGCCCACCUGUAUGGCUGCCACUGCCUCCAUCAGUUCCACCCAGGUGUUUUCCCUGCCUGGCUCAUCAUACAACCUGGCUCCUUCCAAUGUGUUUGGAGGGCCAAUUACUCCGGGCUCAUCCAUCUCUUCACUGUUGAAUCCUGUGGAAAGUGGCCAAGCAGAGCCAGACCUUGAUGACAAUGAUUGCAGCUUUGUCUGCAGAGACAGUUCUUCUAGAGGAAGUCUUUCUCCAACAUCUCCCAUUGGUGGCCUAUCCAUGCUCUACAAUCAAACAAUAACCAGUCAGCUGGAGAAUGUACCACAGACAACAUCCAACAUUGAAGAACUCUUGGACAAGCACUGGAGUGGAGAAGGAGGCAUUGACAUUGUGGAUAUGUUAAAGUCUCUGCACCUGCUGCAGUUGGACAACCGGCGUCUACAGGAACAGAUCAUGAGUCUCUCAGCCAAGAAAGAGCGGCUUCAGCUUCUGAAUGUCCAGCUAUCCGUCCCCUUUGCCAGCGUGACAUCAACCAAUGGCCCGUCCUCCCAAGCACAUUUAAUGAGUUCCCAAAACGCCUGCAGCUCCGAACUGCUGAACAGCAGUAAGAGUCCUCCUUCGAAGAGCAGCUUCAUAACUGAGAACUCUCUCUCUGCAUCAUCAGAGGAUCUCCACUCUGGUUGCCACAGCAGAAGCAGCUCAUCUUCGUCCCUGCAGAGCACCCCACCUCCUGCCCUGCCACUUCUGCAGCAAAGUCCGGUCUCCCUCCAGCUCCCAGGAAUGGCCGGAAUUUCGCAGCCAGUCAACGGGUUGGCCAGGACCUGCGUGGGAAACCUGGGCAGCGGUGUUUCCACGGCGACGACCACUUUCUCAUCUACACCCAUGAUGACUGGGAUGAUGGGAGGCCCCCUGGGUUCCCAGUUGGCCAGCAAUGGUAUUGUCGGUCCUCUGAAUGGCGUGAGCCAAUCAUCUGCAUCUGUGGCAUCAAUCCAUAACUCCCUCGCACAUACGUCUGCACCCAUUAAUGUUCCACCAACAGCUGGCCUUUGUCACAGCAGUGUCUCCGGAUUGGGCCAGAUAUCUGACCAGCAAAGACAGUUCCUGUACCAGCAGCAGCAGCAGCAGCUACAGCAGUUGCUAACCUCCCAGCAGUUGACUCCGGACCAGCAAGCCUUGGUGUAUCAGAUGAUGCAACAACAACAGCAGCAACAGAGGCAGCGGGAGUUCCAGCGGCUGCAGAUGUCCGGAGCAUCACAGCUCCCCGUCAACAACCUGGCUCAAGCAUCACCAUCCCUUCCUGUCCACUCGGACCCAGACUCUUACAUUUCCCUUCAUACCGACAACAGUGCGCAGAAAGCUCAGAGGCUGAAUGAUAAAGUCAACCAGGAUAAAAGCUGACUGCACCUCUGCCUGAUAAUUUUGGAUCACUUUUCCUGAAGCCAGAGAUCAUGGGUCAAGAGUUGGACAGCCUCGGAUAUCUGCUGCCGAACAACAGACUCUUGCACAGGGGGAGGCACAAGCACGAGGGAUCUUCACUGCAUCCUCUCAGGAAACGUGAGCAAUGCUUCUUUGAGAGGAGGCCUGGGUGCUUCCGCAACCAGUGGUGAGAGGCAACUUUUGCCCAGCAGCAAGCCAUUGGAAUCACCGCUGCAGAAUUCAGUUCUGGUCUUGUGAAACAGAAGAACGUGAUCAUUGCUGCUGUACAGAAAUUCAGAGACGCAAAGUCAAAGGAUCAGAAAAACUUCUACGAUUCCAUGUACACAUCUGAACAUAUGUGUUAGCAAUAUCUGUGGCAUCAAAGUGACAAGUCUGACCCCAUUAUGGUCCUCUGUGACAAAUAUUGUUAUUUCUUUCUUUUUGUGUGUGUGUGUAUAUGCUGAUGGUACUGUGUCUUUCUCAUGUCAACAAAGGCAAGAAUGAAUUAAUGGGGAAGAAGUUCUCUGUCAAUUGCAUAUGCUAAACAUGUGAUGAAAUGAUGAAUGUGCAUUGAAUUUUACACAUCGUGGCCUCUUUAUUAGGUACAGAAUAGAACCUGGUGUGGCCUUCUGCUGCUGCAGCUCAUCCACUUAAAGUUUCAACACGUGUGUUCAGAAAUACUCCACUGCACACCACUGUUGUAACGUGUGGUUAUUUGAGUUACUGUCACCACCUUGUCAGCUUGAACCAGUUUGGCCAUUCUCCUCUGACGUGUCUUAUUAACAAGACAUUUUUGCUAACAAAACUGGUGCUCAUUGGAUUUUUUUUUUUUGUUUUUCACACCAUUUCUGUGAACUUUAGAGACUGUUGUGUGUGAAAAUCAGCAGUUUCUGAGAUACUCAAACCACCCUGUCUGGCACCAACAAUCAUUCCACGGUCAAAGUCACUUAGGUUACAUUUCUUACCCAUUCUGAUGUUUGGUCUGAACAACAACUGAACCUCUUAAUCAUGUCUGCAUUUGUGCAUUGAGUUGCUGCCACAUGAUACUUGCAUUAAUGAGCAGGUGUACAAGUGUAUCUAAUAAAGUGGCCACUGAGUGUAGUUCCAUUGGUUCAAUGGAUCCAAAUUUUAUAAGUACAGACAACACCAUAUCACUCAAUUACCCAAAUGACAAUGAACUUCCAGUCCAAUGUCAUUUCUGAGAUAGAGCUGUGAGGUAGCAGUUAGGUUUGGGACAAGACUGACCUGUCCUGCGCUGAGAACUCCUCCACUCCAGGCCACUCAAAUCAGCUGAAGUUGGGAAUGCUUAAGGAUGUGCUGGGUACUCCCAGGGUGGUCUGCACUGGAUAUUUAAUCUGGGAUAAUAUCAAGCAAUUUUUUUUGCAUAGGAGGGAUUUUUUUAAUAUUACCUGUAUUCAUACUGGGUCAUGUGGACCAAAUCAUAUUUAUCAUCCCAUCCCUUAUUAAAGUGACUGUAUCGAGGCAGACCUCAAGAACUGCCAUGGUCCACAAUAGUAGAGUUACCCUUUAGAGUGAUGCAAGCCCCAGCAUUUUCACCCUGUAAUGCUUUAUUCCCUGGGUACCAGUUUUAACCUGGCCAUGGAUCAUGUGCCCCUUAUAAAUUUAAGAAUGGAAUUGAGAGCUUUGGAGUGAACAUGAAACAAGGGAGGUUUUCCUGUCUUCCAGAGAUUGAAAUCAAUACAGAAUGGUCUCACCAAUUACCUCCCAGCUUGUGUUCCUUUCCCUCCCCCCACCCCAUCCACUUCCUAAUUCUGGCUUCUUCCCCUUCCUUUCCAGUCCUGAAGAAAGGUCUUGUCUCAGCCCGACACGUGGACUGUAUGUAUAUUAAUUUCCAUUGAUGCUGCCUGACCUGCUGACUUACUCCAGCAUUUUAUGUGUGUCUUGCUCUGGAUUUCCAGCAUCUGCAGAAUUUCUAGUGUUUGCAACUUGUGAGAGAGAGUGGGUGUGACAGAGGAAGGCAUGAACCACUCAGACACUGACUGCGCUGCAGCUGAUGUAUGCUGGUCUAGGAUUAGCUGAGCUAUUAAUAAGCGCGUCCUAAGCAUCAGCUGAGGUAAAGGCCAUUAACCACUGGCUGUGCUUUAUAAACUAAAACUCCCUCUAGGAAUCGUCAGUUUCUCCUCCCUUCCACUGAUAGGUGAACCCUAACGAAACCUCAACCUGGUCACCCCUUAUCCUUUAUUUUCACAGAAAGUCUUAACUAUUGUUAUGCUCUUUGUUUCCUUAGUAGCCUGUUCAGAGAGCUGAUCUGCCUGAUGCCCAGGUGCUUUGCUCAGACAUUCCAACAGACAAGAAUUGAUGUCAUUUUUCGAAAGAUUUCAGGAAACUGUGUGGAGUAGCAAGCACAAAAUGCUAGAGGAAAUCAGCAUGUCUGGCAGCAUCUUUGGAGAGGAAUAAACAGACUCUUUUCAGGCCAAAACCUGAUGAGUUGUCUUGAUGAAGGUUUUUGGCUGGAAACAUCAACUAUUUAUUCCCUUCCAUAGAUCCUGAAUUCCUCCGGCAUUUUAUGGGUGUUUCUCUGCAUUACCAGUAUCGGUAGAACCUCUUGGUGAAUAUUCUGUGGAAAUUGGGUUACCAUUUAUGAUAGUUUAGAGUGUCUGGCCAGUGGAUGGGAUGAGGAAGAGCAGGAAAAUGGGGGCUGUAAUCACUGAAGUCAAAAAAACCACCCCACCCCCACCCCCACCCCAGUGCUUGUGGGGCAUGUGCUUUCUCUUAGCACUCUGGAAAACCCAAAAGAGAGUCCUAAAACCUGGGAUUUCUCCAAGGAACUGGUUCUUUUUCAAUGACCAAGUUAAACUCUCAUUAAUCCUAGAGUUGCACUUGGUGGGUAGCGUUCAGACCCCUCAGUGAUGGGACUAUCUCAAGAGUCCAGUGCCAGCAAUCUGCUCCUACACACUCAUUCACCCAGAGGAAGACCAGGGUCCAUACCAACUCUGGAUUUGUUUCUUUGCUGAGAAUACUCCAGGCUUUAUCAGCAUAGUCCACCCUUAUAUGCUUACCCCCACUCCUGAUUCCCUCUCCCUCAGGUUCUCACUCUGCACCCAAGCCAGAGGAAUAAACCCAGCAGCAAAGUUUCCCCCACCUUCACCAAGCAUCAGUUGGCAACUGAGGGGUGAUACCCUCAUCUCCCUGUUCCUAAAGACAGGCAAUCUGGGCUGGUUGGGUUUAGAAUGGGAAGGCAGAGCCUUAUUUGUGAUAGUUUUGUUGUCUUACAAAAAUUCUUGCACUUUAUAAUGGAAAGGUGAAUGCUAUGCAUCUAUGAUUUAGAUUAAUUCCCAAGGCUUCUUUACAUGUGCGUGAGCUGAGGCUGGUUGGAAAAGAGGGAGAGAAAGCAGAAACAUCACUUCCGCUCUUUCUCCCAGGUCAGAUAGUGGGUUUGAUUCGAUCAUCUAUAGGGCAUGGAUCCUUAAGCAAAGACAGGAGAGACCCAUUUGCUCUCUCAUGGUCUAAGUUGCUUUGCCUGGUCUUUUAGAAUCAAGAACUCCAGUUUUUAAGGUAGUACUUUUCUCAAUCUAUGGUUACCCUGCACUUUAACUCUUGAAUGACACAGCCCUGAACAGAGAAGGAACAGGAUAAGGUGACCCACUCCAGCACCAACUCGUCUUCUAUCUUAUGUUCUAACUGUUAUCUUCUGUCUAGGUGCAAGUAGUGUUUGAGAGGGCAAGGUGUGUUGUUGAUGGGAUCUGGCACUUGGCUGGUGAGGGCUUGUGACUCAGGAUGUAAAGGCACAAACCUGCCCCCCAUUUUUUGGACCAAAUCUCACUUUGUGGGGUGGGUUUGGGUUAAGGAGGCAUCUUUACAGUACCUCCUCUGUGAAUGGGCACAAUAUCAUACAUGUCAGGAUGGUGAUGCCAGUCUUCUAUGCCAACCCCUGAGAUUUGAACUGGAGUUUCCAGGAAGGAAUCUGAAUCUCCAGGGAAACAUUCUACAUUUUGCUAGGCACUUCAGCAAAGACAAAGCAUUGCAAAAUGGAGGAAGGGUUUGUUGACUGGCAACCUGUGUGUUACUGAGAAUGGCAGGGUGGAAAGGCCCAGCCAGAUUAUUCAGGAGAGGUGGACUAGGAUUGGGCCAAAGUAGAGGGGAGAGGACUACCAACUCUAGAUGUGGAGUAUCCUUUUAGUCCUCUCACCACAACGGUAGUAAAGAACUGGGGUUCCCAUCAAAGCAAUGAUGUGUAUUGUCUUCUUUCUGAAAAUGUGAUGCAUUUGAAGCUCCCUGCGAGAGCUGCAGGAAUUAAAUACCUUUCUCGCAAACCAUCUCAAAAGAGUUGAGUUUGAACCUUGUGUAGACAAUAACAGCAUUGGUUUCUGUCUGAGAAAACACUGCUAAUUUGUAACUGUACCCUCAUAGGCAUUGUGAAUCAGAUUUAAUGUCCUUUUAUGUGUAGUAAACCUAACACCUUCUGCACUGUCUCGUUAUAUCCCGAGAAAGGUGUGUUUUCAGUGAUAGUAAAUGGAUGUUGUUCACCACAGGCUUCCAUCACCCAACCAUUAAUAUAAAUAAGAAUGUAGACUUGGACCAAACAUUCAGGAUUGGCCUGAAAUUGACAGGAAAUCAAGGAUUAAAACUCCAGGUGACUGGCACGAGCAAGCCCCAAAGGUAAAUCAGAGGAGAGUUAUCUUGGAAAGGCUUCAUUUAAUGUAUUGAAAAGAAUGGAGAUGGCAGGAAAGCUGGGAGACAAGUGGCCACCAGAGAUUGCUCGUCUUCCUCCAGUUGGUGAGGUAAGAUGGACAUGGUGGUGACUGGGAAGAUGGCGGUCAAGGGUGGUGAGAUGAAAUUUCCAGAGAUAUGGAAGAGUUAGCAAGUUGACAUGUAAUGCACAAGAUGGAAAAUUCCCAUGGCGAGUCGGAGGUAGUUGGGCAUUUUCAUGUAAGACGAUGUCCAAAGUCAAUUCUGACCAAGAUGAGAAGACAGGUGGUUGCUCCCAUAUUGAUAUGAUGGCUCAUGGGCUUCAUGUGAAUGUAUUCACCACUAAUGACAGAAAUUCUUGUUCGGAGUCCAAAGGACCUGUGGAUUUUCAAGGUUACUUUUCCUUACAAGAUAAAGUCGGCUUUACAAGGUGCAGGUUUCAGAAGUAGUAAGGGGUUGGCGAUGAUGUUUGGUCAUGUCUUGCUCUCCACCAUCAUGUUGUGUUCCUUGUGCACUUUUUUUUCUUUCUGAAAACGUGAGAGCAGUGGGUGUCUUGUGAUUGGCGAUCAUGUACUGCUCUCUCAUCUGGUCUAACUGCUUUUGAUAGAUUUAUCCAAACUGGCGUGUAACUGUAGCUGCAGACAUAGCGUGUAAUGUUACAGUGCUGCAGUGAAUAUGUGCAGAAAACAUUGUCCUUGUACUGUAAAGAACUUUUCCUUUUUAGAACGCAGCAUGUUUAUAAAAUAUAUCAUGUUUUUUUUUCAAGAAAAUAAUCAUUUGCUACAUUCAAUAGACUAAUAUUGUAUGGGAUUUAUCCUUGGAUUGGUGACCCACUGUGACGUGCACUGAUCGGGGUUACCUGGCUAAGCCAGGUUUGCUGGGUUGAAUGUGAAGGUGUUGAAGUUUUCCUUGUACUUUGUCUGGUGGUUCUAGUCCCAGGGCCCUUGCUGUCAAUAAGCAUGUGAUUGGUGGGAUGACGGAAUUCCCAACCCAGUCCUCCCAGUGGAAGACCGAAUGAUUUAAGGAAAACGACACAGCCAGACAGAGAGCUGAUGAAUCCUUUACUGGUGCUUUUAGUGCAGUGAGGUGACAGUCAGGGUGCCCGGUGUGGGUUGUACAGGGGAUUCAUCUGACUUGUAAAUAAACUCAUUUCAAAUAUUAUUUGUCAAAAGCAUAAAAAUCUAAAUAUGCUCAUUUGUAAUAUUUCUAUGAAAGACAUUUUGCUUAGAGAUUUAUCUGUGUGAUUUUAUUUAUUGUUUUUUUUUUGUUUUGUUAAAAGAAUAACUUUGGAAUUAUACACCGAACUGUGCAGAGAACCCAGGUGGCCAUGUUGCUUCAGGGCAACAUGAGAGCUGAGAAAAUGUAAGAGAGAUAUUUUGCUAUGAAGGAUUACAUUUUUACUAAAAAAAAAAGAUUGUUCAAAAGAAGAAAAUAAUUUAUCUUGUUUAUUUGCAACUGUGUGGUGUCCAUUUACUCUGUAUGUGUGUGGGAAACACUUGCCAGUGGUGCCCUUGAGAAACCAAGGGAGCCUGGCAGUAUCUGAGCUACUGUCUUUUAGAUGGGACAUUACAUGGAAUAUAGAACAUAUUCAGCACAGGAACAGACUCUUUGGCCCAUGAUGUCUGUGCUGUUCAUGAUGCCAAGUUCCUUUAUUUCUACACGUGAUACAUAUCCCUCCAUUCCAGCAUGUAUAUGUGUUUUUCUAAAUGCCUUUUUAGUAUCUUAUAUCUUUUUCCUCCACUACUCUGACAAACCAUUCCAGGCACCUACCAUUCUUUACAUAUAAAAAAAAUGUAUCCUGCACAUCUCCUUUAAGUUCCAGCCCCUCCGUAACUCCACCACUAGUCCAUCACAGCCAAAGCAUCCCCUUCCACCAUUGAUCACAUCUAAAAGGAGCACUGUCACAAGAAAGCAUCAUCAAGAACCCCAUCAUCCAGGGGGCAGGCUCUCUUCUCACUGCUGCUAUUGGGAAGGGGUUACAGGAGCCUUCGCUCCCACAGCACCAGGUUCAGGAACAGUUAGUCCUGACGAAGGGUCUCAGCCCAAAACGUCGACAGUGCUUCUCCUUAUAGAUGCUGCCUGGCCUGCUGUGUUCCACCAGCAUUUUGUGUGUGUUGUCGGGAAUGGUCUUUAACCAUCAGUCUCCUGAACAAACAUAGAUAACUCCACUCACCUCAACCCUGAACUGACUCCACAACCUAUAGACUCACUUUCAAGGGUUCAACAACUCAUGUUUUCAAUAUUAUUUAUUUAUUAUUAAUACUAUGGUUUUUUUGUAUUUGCACAGUUUGUCAUCUUUUACACGUUGGCAGUUUGUCAGUCUUUGUUUUACUGUGAAUGCCUGCAAGAAAAUGACUCUCAAGUAGUAUAUAGUAACAUAUACAUACUUCUGAUAAUAAAUUUACUUUGAACCUUUGAGCCAAUUGAACCAUCACUGCCUUGAAGGUAUGUCCUCAUGCCCUUUAGUACUUCUACCCUGGAAAAAGAUUCUGACUAUCUGCUUUAUUUAUGCAUACCAUAAUUUCAUACAAUUACAUCAAUGUCCCAUCCGCCUCUGAUGCUUCAGAGAAAACAAGGGACUUAGCCCAAAAUGUCAACUGUUUAUUCCUCUCCAUUGAUGCUGCUGGACCUAUUGAGUUCCUCUACCAUUUUGUGUGUGUUAAUCCAAGUUUUUCCAACCUCUUGCCUCAAGCACCCUCUAUCCAGGCACCAUCCCAAUGAACCUUUCUGCACCAUUUUCAAAGCCUCCACUCCAAACUUUAUUCUCAUGAAGCACUCAAUUAAACCUUCUCUGCCUGAACAUUGAACAGUAAAGCACAAUAUAGGCCCUUCAACCUAUGACGCUGUGCUGACCUUUUAACUUUCUCCAACAUCAGUCUAAUGCUUCCCGCCCACAUACCCCUCCAUUUCUCUAACAUCCUGAUGCACCAUCAAUAACUCUGAGACGGGAGGCGAGAUAUCGGCUUUUAUUUACUGGAAGAAGGAACAAACAGUGAGUGACCACCACACUACAUCCUGGAGACUGAGGGCCAGGCUCAGGCCCCAAUCGCCUUUAUACCGGGGUCAGUGGGAGGAGCCACAGGAGCAGUCAGCGGGGGGGGGGGGGGGGGGCGUGCCCAGACAGGUAUAUGUAGUUCACCACACAUCCAUGUGCCUAUCUAAGAGUCUCUUAAAUGUCUCUAAUGUUUCUGCCUCUACCACCACCCCAGCAGUGUGUUCCACACACUGUGUGAAAAUACCUACCUCUGGCUUCCCCCCCUCCCUCAUACUUUCUUCCACUCACCUUUAAAUUUACUCUGGGGAAAAAGGCAUUGAUUAUCCACUCAAUCCAUGUCCCUUAUCAUCUUAUACACCUCUAUCAAAUCACCUCUCGUCUGAUUUAGCUCCAAAGAGAAAAGCCCUAGCUUGCGCUACCUUUCCUCAUAAGACAUGCCCGCUAAUCCAGGCAGCAUCCUGGUAAGUCUCUGCAACCUCUCUAAAUCUACCACAUCCUUCCUAUAAUGAGGCAACCAAAACAGACAGCCAUUCUUUAUAUGUGGUCUAACCAGAGGUUUAUAGAGCUAUAUUACCUCAUGGUUCUUGAACUCAGUUCCCCAACUAAAGAAGGGCAACACACCAUACACUUUCUUAACCACCCUAUCAACUUGCACAGCAACUUUGAGGGAUCUAUGGACAUGGAACCGAAGAUCCCACUGUUAAGAAUUAUGUCAUUAACCCUGUACUCUGCCUUCAAGUGUGACAUUCCAAAGUUUAUAAUUUCACACUCUUCCAGAUGGAAUUCCAUCUGCCACUUCUCAGCCCAUCUCUGCAUCCUAUCAAUAUCCAGUUGUACCUUAUGACAACCUCCUACACUAUCCACAACACCACUUACCUUCAUGUCAUCUGCAAUUACUGGUGAAUAGAUUGCUGGGCGAAUAAAGACCAGGGGAGUUACUAUUUCAAGUAAACCAGGGAGAGCUGGAAACUCAGCGAGGAAGAAGAAACAAAAUUAGAUCUUCACCUUGAAAACUAUUCCUUACUACUGGCAAAGAUUGAAAUAGAUUGUUUUUCCUUGCAAAAAAAAGGGCACAUGUUACAGUUUCUUCUGAUGUUCAGUAUUGUUGAGACCAGAUUCACAGUAAGAUCCUGUCCUGGGAGCUGGUCAUUUUUACACUGAGAUUUGUGGGAGCUUUCUAUGUGCAGUUUGGUGUUUUGGAUAAGUGAGCUUUCAUCGCAGAGCUUCCCAUCCCUAAAGCAGCAUCCAUCACUAAUGACGCCCACAAUCCAGGACAUGUCCUCUUCUCAUUACUAUCAUCAGAGAGGAGAUACAGAAAACUGAUGUCACACACUCAACAUCUUAAGAAUAGCUUCACUAUUUUGCUCUCUUUUUGCACUAAUUUUUAUGCAUAUUUCUUAUUGUAACCUAGGGUAAUCCUUUUUAUGUAUUACACUGUACUGCUGCUGCAAAGCAACAAAUUUUGCAACAUAUGUCAGAUGUAAUAAACCUGAUUCUGAUCACCAAAACGUUCUACCGACACAUUUCCAUUGAAAUACUAUCCUAAUUUUAUUGUUGCCGGAUCUGAAUCCCAGAACCCACUCAAGGCACUGUGGGAACACCUUCACAGCAGGACUAGAGCAGAUCAAGGAGGCAGCUCACACCACUUCCUCAAAGGCAAGUAGCAAUCGGCAAGUGGUUAAGUUAUAAGGUGCUCUCUGAUUCUGAUCUUUUUUGUACCAUCUCUUGCCUAUUUUGAGGCUGUGGCCUCAAGUCACUCUCCUCUAUCUGGGCCUAGAUUAAGUGUAAUGUGGAGAAACAUCAUCUCCACAUUAUCUCUAUGUAGGCCUUUCAGUAUUUGAUAGGUUUCAGUGAGAUCCCCAUCAUUCUUCUGAACUCCAGAGCCAUCAAACACUCCCCAUACAUUAACACUUGCAUUCUCAGGAUCAAUCUCAUGAACGUCCUCCGGACCAUCUCCAAUAGCAAACAGAAGGACCUCCGUUUAGAACAGAGAUGAGGAGGAAAUUCUUUAGCCAGAAGGUGGUGAAUCUGUGGAAUUCAUUGCCACAGAUGGCAGUGGAUGACAAGUCAAUGAGUAUAUUUAAAGCAGAAGUUGAAAUGUUUUACUUGUCCAUGCGUUUAUUUUU